GUUGUUGACCCCUUGGUGAUCUUAUCAGAGACACGCGAAUACGCAACUUCUAAUCCACUCAGUUUUUCUGCAUUAUUUCUCGAAAUAACAUCUGAUAGGAGGAGACAGGAUCGUUAGUCUUCCCAGAAAUUGCAUUUAGAGAUCCCUAAGGGUGUGAUUAGGCAACGAACUGUGAUAAACCAAGUCUAGAAAGUGAUUUCUAGGGAAAAAAGUGCACAAUAUUCGCAAAAAAGUGUGGUUAUUACGUAAUAUUUUCGCAAAUUCCUCCAAGGAACAAAAGAAAUGCUGCAUUUAGGGCAGAAUUUGAGAAGGUGGUUCUCCACAGCUUCCCAGAAGAUCAUUUCCCAGCCUAUCAACAAGAUUCUGAUAGCAAAUCGCGGAGAGAUCGCGUGUCGUGUUGUCAAAACAGCCCGCCGUCUGGGUGUUCAGACCGUGGCAGUGUACUCAGAUGCAGAUGCCAAUUCCCUGCAUGUCCAGGUGGCCGAUGAGGCAUAUCACAUUGGGCCACCACCCUCCCAGCAAUCCUAUUUGCGUGCCGAUAAGAUAAUCCAAGUGGCGAAAGCUGCCAGAUGUCAAGCCAUCCAUCCAGGUUAUGGUUUUCUGUCCGAGAGUGUGGAGUUCUCAGACAUGUGUCAACAGGAAGGGAUCAUCUUCAUGGGACCACCAGCUUCAGCAAUCCGCGACAUGGGUAUCAAGAGUACUUCCAAGCACAUCAUGGCAGCUGCAGGUGUCCCAAUCAUCAAUGGGUAUCACGGAGAGGAUCAGUCAGAUGAGAAGCUAAUAGCUGAAGCCCAGAAAAUCGGUUUCCCGCUGAUGAUCAAGGCUGUUCGUGGCGGAGGCGGAAAAGGCAUGAGAAUAGCAGAAAAUGAGAGUGACUUCCUAACCCAACUCAAUUCUGCCCGGACAGAAUCCGAGAAAGCCUUUGGGGACAGUUCAAUGCUCCUGGAGAGAUUUGUCAGAUCCCCAAGACACGUAGAAGUCCAGAUCUUUGCCGACAGGUACGGCGAUGCUGUCUAUCUGUUCGAAAGGGAUUGCUCAGUGCAGCGCAGGCAUCAAAAGAUCAUCGAAGAAGCUCCAGCUCCAGGUUUGUCAGAGCAACUUCGCAGAGAACUGGGUGAGGCAGCUGUGAGAGCAGCCAAGGCUGUUGGGUACGUAGGAGCGGGAACUGUCGAAUUCAUCCUAGACAAAGAAGAUCUCUCCUUCCACUUCAUGGAGAUGAACACUCGCCUUCAGGUUGAGCAUCCCAUCACGGAGAUGAUCACAGGAACAGAUCUAGUUGAAUGGCAGAUUCGUAUAGCUUCCGGAGAGCCACUGCCCGUCACCCAGGAACAGAUCAUUCGCCGUGGACAUGCUUUUGAGGCUCGAAUAUACGCUGAGAAUCCGCGUGGGGGAUUCCUUCCGGGAGCUGGACCUCUCGAUCAUCUUUCAACUCCCACUCCUGACCAAAAUGUCCGCGUGGAGACGGGAGUCCGGCAAGGAGAUGAAGUUUCUGUCCACUACGAUCCCAUGAUCGCCAAACUUGUGGUCUGGGGAGAGAACCGUACCCAAGCCCUGGACAGUUUAAUUGCUCGGCUCAGGGAUUAUCAUAUUACUGGUCUGGAGACAAACGUAAACUUCCUCCUGGACUUGGCAAAUCAUCCAUCUUUCCGUGCAGCUGACGUCCAUACUGGUUUUAUUCCUCAGCAUUUUGAUACCCUCUUCCCGCCACUAAUUGUCUCUGAGUCUUCCUUAAUCCAAGCAGCCGUAGCUGUUGUUGUCAAUGAGCUGAAUGCCGCCGUGUCCAAUGGUGCAGCUUCCGGAGGAGCUUCCAAUCAAUUCAACGAUGCCAAUAACUUCCGCCUCAACCACGUUGCUGUACGAGAGUUCCAAUUCAAGGCCAACGACAAGGUGAACACUGUUCAGGUCACAAGUUCCGAUGGCCUCCUAAAAAUUCGUGUGAAUGAUGGAGAAUGGAGGAAUGUCCAAUGGAAGUGUAUUCCAGAUGCUAACAGAUUCUGCCUUCGAUGCACAAUUGAUGGAGUUUUUGGGAAUUUUAGUGCUGUCAUCUCGCCCCAGGAAGUGGCAAUCUUUACGGAUGCUGGGAAAACGGAGCUAGAAGUGAUCCCUCCAAAGUUCCUGAGUUUGGCUGGUGAAGGAGGAGCUGCAGCUCACAAUCAGGUUGUGUCACCGAUGCCUGGUGUCCUGGACAAGGUCUUCGUGAAGGCUGGGGACAAGGUCAAGGCAGGAGAUCCUCUCGCUGUGAUAAUUGCCAUGAAGAUGGAGCAUAUGCUCAAGGCACCUAAGGAUGCUGUGGUGAAGAGUGUGGGGGGGCAACCGGGACAGAACAUGGCCAAAGGGGCUGUUAUUGUGGCCUUUGAGAGUGAGGACAAGGAAGAUGGACAGUGAUUCUUUAGGGAUUUUUUUCUAACACCAGAAUUGCAUUUAUUUUUAAGUACAAACCCAGCUGUACCUUGACCAAAUAAAGUAGCCUCAUGUUGGCUUGUAUAAAUCGAA